AAAUGUUCCCCUUUCCUCUUGUUCACUGAGCCCAACAGCAGCCAUCAGCUCCCUGAGCCCAACAGCAGCCAUCAGCUCUCGCUUUCCAGCAAGAGAUAGUGACAACAGCAGAGACAUGGAGAUAGACACUCUUCUGGAAGCCCUUAAAGAUUUUGACAAGAAGGGCAAGAAAGAAGUGUGUUCAGUGUUGGACCAGUUUUUGUGUCAUAUUGCCAAGACUGGGGAAACCCUCGUGUCGUGGUCUCAGUUUAAAAGCUACUUCAUAUUCAAAUUAGAGAAAGUAAUGGUGGAUUUCCGAGCGUCAGCUCCGGAGCAGAGAGAACCAGCUAACCCCAAUGUGGAGUCAGUUCCUUAUGAAGAAAUGAAGGACAGGAUCCUUAAGAUUGUCAGUGGAUUCAGCGGGAUUCCAUUUACCAUCCAGCGCUUGUGUGAGCUUCUCACAGAACCCAAGAGGAACUACACAGGAACAGAGAAAUUUCUCAGAGGUGUAGAGAAGAAUGUGAUGGUGGUCAGUUGCAUCUAUCCAGCAUCAGAGAAAAAUGGCUGCAGUGGAGUUAACAGAAUGAACGGGAUCAUGUUGUCUGGGAACGCAUCCGCUUUCACAGAGAGGAAAGUCAAUGGUCCAGGAACACCCAGGCCAUUAAACAGACAGAAACCUUCCGUGUCCAGUUCGCCAGCCACAAACGGCCUUCCGGACAGCACAGAAAACAAAGAUCCAAACUCAUCACAGGAACAUAGCAAAACAUCCAGUGAUGCAUCAUCAUCAGGCAUCGGUGGUACUCUCGGUAGCUCUCUUAAGAAUAAACAUCUAGAUGAUGGAGAGGAGGAGGGCAUGGAGGCAGAAGAACAUGAAGUAAAGAGACUCAAAUUCAACCAGGAGGAAAUAGAGGAUGAGGAUGAGCAUGUGGAGGUGCACAGAUCUACACCUAGCGAUAGUUCCUCGGAUAAAUCGGAGGAUGCCAACUCGCCCUCGUCCAUGUCGCAGGAGGCGAACGAAGAAGACGAGGGUAAUCUUUCUGCUUCAGCCAGAGGCAGUGAGGAUCAAGAACCUUCUAGCACACAGUCCGAGUGUACGGCUGCCGAUUCCCGAGAGGCUUUUGCCGAACGAGAGGUUCCCUGUGGCUCGGACUCUUCCGGUGAGGACCCCAGCGAAAUGGACCAAUCAGAGCAGAGAGCCCCUGCGGGGGUGGCGUCUAGCCCUGAGGUGAGGGAUGGGGAGGAGCCAAGCGAGCAGGUCAGCAGCAGCAGUAGCAAUGAUGAAAAUGCUUCUGGACCCUCAUCCAGCAGUAGUAGCGUAGACUCUCCCACAGAGGGCGACUCCGGGUCAGGGGCCCAAGACUCUGAAAGUGCAGAGGAGCCUAUGGAACAAGACUAAAGGCUUCCUGUACGACUGCGCUUUUGUGGAGAUUAAGACGACACACACUUAAGUGGCCUUGAAGGCUGUCAGAAGCAACACCCAACCUACCACCCUGCGCCUUCUGGUGGAGACUCAUCUUUUUCCAACUUUCCAAAAUGCACUCUUUAUGCAGAUGUACAUAGGAUUUUAUUUCUGAAGUGAAGGUUUUAACCGGAAUAGUUUUGUAUACAGUUUUUCCCCUCAAUUUCAUACGUGUUAUGGGUUUCUUCCUGUCUGUUGUUUUGGCUUAGCUCUCGUGAAGCUUCAGUUUGACUGACGGUGUUUGGAUACAUCUGUUUGACAUCAACCAUGACAUCACUAAACAGUUAAAACUUGAGUUUUAGGCCAGGGACGAGGUCAUGUUUUAUGUGCGAAGCUUUAGGUUGUCAGGCACAGUCUAGACCGUAUCUCCUCUAGAUUGGUGUGUUAAUAUUUUGGACACAGGAAGUGGAGUUUAUAGUCUUGCCCUAAGCAGUGAUUCUCUAUAAAGACUCGUAAAGGGCGACUGUUCAGAGAUUACGUUCCAAACCAAAACAAGCCAUAGCUGUCUUUGUUCUAUAAAACGAUUCAAACAGUAGCUUUGUUUUACUUUUUAACAUGUAUUCCUUCUAGUUCUUUGUGUUGUGUUUAACUGACAGAGGUUGUUGAAUCCUUCUUUCACCCUCUUCUACCAUGCGUUUUAUGACAGAUUCAUAACUGCAGAUUUCAUGAUUCACAUUAAUUUAUACCGGCGUUUCAAUCUGUUGUGUUAGAAAGCUGUUUUGUUAAUAAUGACUGCAGUCAUUCAUGACAGUUUAAUCCCAGGUUGUCUCGCUGACUGUUUCGCAGCCGUACGUUUUUGAUAUUUAGAAUUUUUUUAAUUUCUGUAAAGUAGUGUUUUGUAGACCUUUUGUGUUUUCUGCCUUUUGUGCAUCCAUAUAUAAUUGUAUAAUUCUUUUCCGUGUAUACUGAAUGCGUGUGAUUUCAAUACAGUAUUCAGAAGAAGCAAUAAAUGUUAUUGUUUUAAAUGUU